AUGUGCCCUGCGCAGGGCGCCCUGCUUAGAGCAUCAUCCAUUUUUUCUUCUUCCGUUCAGCUCCCGGAAGGCAGGUUACAGCUGACCCUCUACCAAUACAAAACGUGUCCUUUCUGUAGCAAGGUGCGGGCGUUUCUCGAUUACCACCAGCUGCCGUACGAGAUUGUGGAGGUGAACCCCGUCAUGAGGAAGGAGAUUAAGUUCUCCGUGUACCGCAAGGUGCCGAUUCUCCUUGCCAACACUGGGAACACCCUGCAAUUAAACGACUCGUCUGUGAUCAUCAGUGCAAUUAAAACCUAUCUCCUCUCCAGGAAAAGCUUGGAAGAGAUUGUAUCCUUUUACCCUGCCAUGAAAGCAAUGAAGGAAGGCAAAGAAGUGACGGAGUACAAUAACAAAUAUUGGCUCAUGCUGGAUGAGAAAGAGAGUCUGCGCGUUUAUCCCACGGAAGACGUCAUGGUGGAGGAAAUGAAAUGGAGGCAGUGGGUAGAUGACUGGCUCGUGCACCUUAUCUCCCCCAAUGUUUACCGCACGCCUGGUGAGGCCUUGGCGUCCUUCGACUACAUCGUGCGAGAGGGCAAGUUCGGGACGAUAGAAGGCCUGUUUGCCAAAUACUUUGGUGCCGUUGCAAUGUUCUUCAUUGGCAAGAGGCUGAAAAAGAAGCAUCAGCUGCAUGAUGAUGUCAGAGAAGACCUGUAUAAAGCAGCCAACGACUGGGUGAAAGUGGUGGGCUCAGACCGAGCGUUUAUGGGAGGAAACCAGCCCAACCUUGCAGAUUUGGCUGUGUACGGAGUCCUGCGUGUCAUGGAAGGCUUGGAAGCUUUCGAUGACAUGAUGACACACACCAAGAUCCAACCCUGGUACCAUCGGAUGGAGGCAGCCAUUGGAAAGAAUGAAGCUACUGACUGAUACUGCGAGCGCUUCGAACCCCUCUUUGCAUAGACAGUUUGAGAGUGCUGUUCGGUUUAGCAAGGCUUCAACAGAAAACAGCGCUUGUGGGCCAAAAAAUGGGUGUAGGAGGAGUGGCUGCUAUAGAGUUAGUCCAGAUCUUGGUGAAAACUAGGAAGCAGCAGAAACAAAGGCAUGUAGAUGCUUCAUUGGAGAGCCUUCAAGCUGUCCUAUUUCUGCGUAAAUUCCAAUUUAACGAGAUGAGAAGAGUGAAGUGCUGUAUCCCUUUACAUUGGUACUGCGCUACUAGCGAACUCUUUCAUUUUGAGAUUUGACUCCGUGUUGCAUUGCUAAUGACCCAUAAACAAUUCUCCAUGUCUUCCUGGUUAUGUACAACAUGCAGAAAAAUACUUCCUUGGUCCAGACAGAGAUGGAAGAAAUGGACACUUCCAUAAUUUGGAAUUUGGGACAGUGGUCAUGUUUUCUGCACACAGAGAUUGCUUUUCAUUUUUUUUCCGGGCAAAAGGGUCUGAAACUUUUUUUCCCACCCCUUUCCUUGCUGAUCUCAAGCUGACUGAACUUCUCUUUAUGGGCUCUGCAUGCCAUUUGGAACUUUUCUGUUAACGGUUAAUCCAGCUGAAAAAAGAAUAGCUAGCAAAAUGUGUGGGUUUUUUCAUUCAUCCUUAGGAAGAUUUGUUUCUGGAAAUGGCAACCUGGGAAGAGAGAAAUGCAGAACAUCCUUCACGUGUUACAAAAUUCCUACUCAGAAGGCCAUUUUUAAAUGUGACAAAUUAAUAAAAAUAGGAUGUUUGCGCCAGAGGGAGCAUGUAGCAACUCUACUUAUGGAUAAUUUUCUGCAAGUACAGUAAUUGAUCAGCGCUUGUUACAGGGUGUACACGUGUAAUGCUUCAUGUGUGUCUGAAAACAAUUGUAGCCUGGAAAAACAUGCAUAGAAAGACACCUCUAGAAUCUGAACACAAACCAUUUUUGUGUGGGCGUAGUUCAUUUUACAGAAGAGAAACCUGGGAAUUAUAGUUCUUGGACAGGAAAGGGGGGUGCAUAUAAUAAGAAUGAUAGGAGUUGUAGUCCCUGAAAUGACAUGAAUCAUGGAUUUUUAGGCUUCAGUCUUGUGUGUUCCUAUCUGGUAGUAAAUGCCACUGCAUGCAGUGAGACUUACUCCAAAGUAAAUGUGAAUAGGAUUGUGCUGUUGUUAACAUACAGCCUCUGCUACAGUUGAUCAAGAGAGCAAUCAUGGAGUACAGAAAAAUUCUACAGUGGGUCAGACGUAGCGCCAUUUCUGUUUUGGAAGUUCAAACUGUUUACUGUGGGUAAAAUCAUGAAAAUCAGUGGGACUACUCCAGAUUGCACUGGCUCUUGCUUUGUUGUAGAUCUCCUUGUUCCAGAGUGUGGUCAGUCAACCUAAUCCGACUUGAUGACUGUAAACCAGAAACCCUCUGAAGUUAUUUCAAUGAGAAACACAGAACAACAGCAAAGUUAUUUGGCUAGUGAGUUUACUCUGGCACACAUGGGUGGAGAAAAAAAGGCAGCUUAAACCGUGUUCACCUUUAACUAACUUGUCCUUGUUCAGUUCUUUCCAUCUGUGAACUGAGCUAUGGUUUUUAAUUUUUUUUGCUUCUUUUUCUGUUCCACCCUGCUUAAAAGUGGUUAACCCCCGUGUUGAGCAUUCCCAGUCCGGAAAAGGCAUGAUUGGCAAAGCAGAUUCUAUUGAAAUAAAUCUUUUUUGGCCACUAUCCUCUUCAAAUCGUUGUGCACCCAAUGGAGAGUUGUCGAAAUGACUGCUAUGCCACGAGAUCCUUUCUUAUGCCUGUUCACUGGAAUAAGAUAUUAACCUUUUCCGUUUAACUUGCUAAAAUUUUGGAUGUCCGUUUGAAUUUCCCAGAUUGCCUGCUUCAUAUUCAAUGUCUUUUUUCCCCCCUGACCCCCUUUUUUUUUGAUCCUGUAACUGACGCGUGUGGUUUUGUGAGCUGGACUUUGCUGGAAUAAAGUUGCAAGGAACUGCCCUGUUCUUUCUUUCCAAUUGGGAUAGAGUGAGAGAUGAAACUUGCAAUAAAACGAUUUUGCUGGUG